AUGCGUCGUUUGUUUAUAAAUAACCGUCGUGAUGAAUUGCAAAAACAAGUGGCUGAAGGCAGUCUGAGUAUAACUGGCAGUAAUGAUGUGUUGACCUUGGCUUUGGGUCCCGAGCAUCCAGGGAGAGUAAGAGGGGUAGGUGCUGGGAUUUCCCCUAGGCAAUUCUUCAAUUUACCUAGACCACAAAGGGUAAAGUUUGCUGAUCAAUUGAAGGAAAGUGUAAGAAUUGUCCUUCAAGAAGAGACUAAGAAGAUGGAAGCUAGAACCAAACAAUUAGUAGAGGCUGAGAGGGAACAUUUACUAACAAAGUCCCAAAAUCCAAUGUCUGAUAAAGCAAGCUGUUCUGGGGCUGAAGUGAGAUCCCUACAUUUAGAGGAUGAUACUGCCAGAAAUGGGGAACAGCAGGAACAAACGGGUAAUGAAGUAGUUGAUUAUUCAAAUGUGGAGGUGCCAUCUUCCUUACAAUCCCUUUGUGGUUAUGUGGAAACUACACUAAAGCCACAGGGGAAGAUCAUGACCUUCAACAUUGAGAAGGAGGUGUUUGGUGCAGAUCGAAGUACCUUCGUCUUGCAUGAAGAUAUUACACAGUUUGCAGGCAUGGAAGAAAUUGGGGCUACUGUGGUUGCAGUAUAUAUGAGGUGCUUAUAUGAUCUUUUGAGAGAAGCAAAUAUGUGCAGCAUGGUUGGCUUUAUCGACCCUGCUCAAGUUAGUGCCAACGCUGGGUCACUAACUGACAGAUCACGAAUUGUAGCCAGUCGACUUCAGAAAACAGAUGGUGAACAGAUUUUCAUGAUGCCUUACAAUCCAGGCCGUCAUUGGGUCUUGCUGAUUGUGAGGGCAAAGAGGGAAACCGUCUAUUUUCUGGAUCCUCUGCCUGGAAAUCGUGUGGUUGAUGAGGAGGGCAAAAACAUCGUGAACAGUGCUUUAAAAAUUUAUAAUUCCCACAUAGGCAGACCAGGCCGUAAAGCACCAAUUUGGAAAACUCUGCCAGGCACACCAAAGCAACCCAGCAGUGUCGAAUGCGGGUAUUAUGUCAUGCGCUUCAUGAGGGACAUCAUCAUGGAUCCUUCCUUGGAGUUUGAGAAGAAGUUUGCCAAGGGAAAAGAUCAAGCGCCAUACCCCCAAGCAGCCAUUGAUGAAGUCAGGAAAGAAUGGGCAGAGUUUGUUUGCCUUCAUAUGGAUUAG